AUGAGUCGAACCACUGACGAAAAACUCGUAGAACUGAGACAACUGUUCCCGGACUACGACUCAGCUGGUCUUUUGGACGUGCUGGUUAGCUGCGAUGGGUCGCUCAAACGAACAAAAUUGUUACUCGGUGCCACGAGUGAAGGAGAACCCGAACCUCGCACAAAGCGUUUCAAGUCGCAACAGACCCUCUCCAGGUUCGUGAAAGACACUCGCGUCGCUGCAACAACGGUUAUGUCUCGUUCUUCCAAGCCCAUCGCACUCCACACGAAAGUCGAAAUAGAGACUGCUUUGAAGUACUGUACCUACCACACCAACGUGCUGCCCGAGGAUCUCGCGGAAAGACUGCUGCAAGUGACGCUUAACGACCCGCACUACAAGGCAACCGAGUUUUGGCUCUUCGGGAAAAAAUGCACCUCCAAUCACCUGUCGCGGAUCUUUUUGCCCACAACCCGUCCUGAUGCCUUAUACUACAACGGGAAACAGGUGACAGACUACGGCGUGUACUGCGAUGAAAUGAUGGUGACCCAGGUUCUCAUCGAAGACAUCGUCAACGAGGCGCUUUCGCAAAGGGUUCGGCUCCCGUUCCAAACAAAAUCCGACCGGUGGCAGGCACAGGCGGCACUUUCCAACAAGUACGAACGAGACAGCAACCUCGAUUGGCAUUCGGACCGUUUGACCAAUAUCGGUCCACAUCCAAUCAUCGCGUCUUUGUCACUAGGAUUUUCCCGUGAGUUCAGAGUCCGUAAGACUUACCCUUCAGACUCUCAGAUCUACUCCAUAAAACCACAGCACAACUCGCUGCUGAUCAUGCACGCCGGCUUCCAGGAAGAAUACAAACAUUGCGUUCCGCUAUUGCCCACAAGGUCAAGAAUCUCAACCGAAGAUUUACACCCGACUGCUGGCGCUAGAAGAAUAAAUAUUACCUACCGGAAUUAUCUCAUCAAAGAUGCAAUUUUUUGCAAGCUUUGUGGUGCUCCGAUGGACUUGCGUCGAAUGUUCAAAGACCCUGAGAAGAGAGGUAAGUAUUUUUAUCAGUGUUCCAAAAGCUACACAGAGCAAAAUGGCUUCAAUGAGGGAAAUGAGUGCAAAGGGUUCUCCUAUGCCAACUUCGAUAAUGACCCUCCUCUUACUGAUAACGAGGACCACUGUUCGUCUUGGCUUGACGAAGACGACAUAGAGCCACGAGCACAUUCUGGUACGGUACGUCAGGCGGAGGCAUAG